UUAGAAAAUGGCUGACGUUGAGGAUAUUCAACCUCUUGUUUGUGACAAUGGAACUGGCAUGGUUAAGGCAGGAUUUGCUGGAGAUGAUGCACCUAGGGCUGUAUUUCCUAGCAUUGUUGGGCGUCCGCGUCAUGCUGGAGUGAUGGUAGGAAUGGGACAGAAGGAUGCAUAUGUUGGUGAUGAGGCUCAGUCGAAACGUGGUAUUCUUACACUGAAGUAUCCAAUUGAACAUGGCAUAGUGAAUAAUUGGGAUGACAUGGAAAAGAUUUGGCAUCAUACGUUCUAUAAUGAACUUCGAGUUGCUCCAGAAGAACAUCCUGUUCUGCUUACUGAAGCACCUCUCAACCCUAAGGCUAAUCGCGAGAAAAUGACUCAGAUAAUGUUUGAAACAUUCAAUGCCCCAGCAAUGUAUGUUGCUAUCCAAGCUGUUCUGUCUUUGUAUGCUAGUGGACGUACAACUGGUAUUGUGCUGGAUUCUGGAGAUGGUGUGAGCCACACAGUUCCUAUAUAUGAAGGUUAUGCACUACCUCAUGCCAUCCUACGUCUCGACCUUGCUGGUCGUGACCUUACUGAGUACAUGGUGAAGAUUCUUACUGAACGCGGAUACUCCUUCACUACUACUGCUGAGAAGGAAAUUGUAAGGGAUGUGAAGGAGAAAUUGGCAUACCUUGCUCUUGAUUUUGAGCAAGAACUUGAGACAACCAAGACAGGCUCUGCUGUUGAGAAGAACUAUGAACUGCCCGAUGGACAAGUGAUUACUAUUGGUGCUGAGCGUUUUCGAUGUCCUGAAGUUCUUUAUCAACCUUCUUUGAUUGGAAUGGAAGCUGCUGGAAUUCAUGAGACGACGUAUAAUUCUAUAAUGAAGUGUGAUGUUGAUAUUAGAAAGGAUUUGUAUGGGAACAUUGUGCUUAGCGGUGGGUCAACUAUGUUUCCUGGCAUUGCUGAUAGAAUGAGCAAGGAAAUUCAAGCCUUAGCACCAAGUAGCAUGAAGAUCAAAGUGGUUGCUCCUCCUGAAAGGAAGUAUAGUGUCUGGAUUGGAGGUUCAAUUUUGGCAUCCCUCAGUACCUUCCAACAGAUGUGGAUUGCUAAAGCAGAGUAUGAUGAGUCUGGCCCCUCCAUUGUGCAUAGAAAGUGCUUCUAAUCAGAACAAAUGUUGAGUCUGGUUCAACAUUUGAGUUUCU